GCUGUGCAACGCGGGCUUUCAUGUCGUGAGCCGUGCAUGCUCUAGCUUCCCAGCCCAUCUCCCCACCCCACUGCAUCAUCUGGAUCGCUGGUUGCGCCGCUGUGUAAGGGACUAGAAAGACAAUGGCACCACUCGCGAAUCGGGUCCUCCCUGCCACCGCUGCGUGACGUCCCUGCGCGUGUCUGCGUCCCUUGGUCCCUGUCCCCCCCGAAAGUGUGGCCGGCCGCCGCCAUGAUCAGACCCGAGAACGCGAAUGCCGCGCCGAGCCAGCAGCAAACCCAGGACCUGAACCUGAAGCCGCUGGAGCGCUCGUCUUGGAAGGCCGAAGCCAUCCGCCGCGGCCGCCUCAAGAUUAGCGGGCCCAUCCCGCGCACCACCGAUGAGGACGACGAGGAGCUGGCGGCCAAACGCAACACCGACCCCUUCCCCCAGCGCGCUGAUUCUUUGUCUGCUGCACAACGCCUCCUGCAUAAGAAGAGCCUCCAUGCCGAUCGUGAUCGGGACGACACUGCGCCUGCGUCCGACGUGCAGCAGCAGGACACGGCCAGCCCCAGCCCCCCGAGACUGCGGCACAAGCGCUCCAGCACCGCCAUCCGCGACCUCAAUGUGAUGCAGCGGGACCCUCCUGAGCCCGAUCUGUCAAAGCCGGAGCAGCACCGCAACCCAGCCCCCAGCCCGACUGCAGAUGAGAUGGCUGUACCGAAGAAGCGGCGGAAGAGCGGUCUGAAGAGUGUUUUUCGGAAGAUGUUUGGGCGGCGCGGGAAAGACGAGGUCAAGCGAGAGAGCGUUGCGAGGCAUGGGUAUCAUCGUAGCGACCCGGGCGUAUUGAGCGCUGUGCAGAAUCGCUCCAAAGAGAAUGCAAAUGCGAUCCGGGCGAGGAGUAAGAGCAGUCUUUCUGUUCGGGAUCAACGGAUUUCAGACCUCCCGGUGCGCGAGCUCAAACCGCUAAAUCCACUCGGAGCCCAUCUCCCCUUUCCUAUGAAUGUUAAUGCCCCUGAGGAAUCGAGCCCAUCACACGAUUAUCUGACGUUCGAGCAUCCAAUCCGCCAUCGCCGCCGAGCAACUUUACCCAGCGUCGUCCUCUCUAACAGCGAAAUCGCCGCCCUCUCGGCCAUCUGGAGCGCUACCGGCGCAAGAGUAAAGCCAAGCGAGGAUAGAGCACUGGACGAAGGCAUCCCAUCCCCAGAAAUCGGCAUCGCUCUCUCCAGCCCCACCCACGCAAAAAGGCGGUCGCGGAGCGCAGGCGCUCUGCGAGAACUGAGCACGCGGCAAGAUUCUAUCCCGCGGCGACGGAGCGCAGAGAUCAGGUACUGGCGGACGAGUGGUAUGGAUGGUUCUGUCAGCGUGUACAGCACUGCGACCCCACGACCUACGACAGGCGACGACACGACCCACACUGGAAAUCCGGCCGUUGAAGAGAUAGAAAAAGGGCCUUCACUUUCCCUACCACCAGAAACGAAUUUACCAGGAGCAGCGUUAGUAGACCAUCAUAACGAAACCUUAAACGACCCUUUCAACCUCUCCGACCCUGUCCCAUUUGAAGUCAAUUUCGGGGCCUUCAAAUCGUCCUUCUCUGAAUCUCAAGGCGAAGACGAAGAGAAAGAUAUGACCGUUGAAUCUCCAGCCCCCUCACUCGCGCCCCUGAAACUAGAAGACCGCGUCCAACGCCUCGAGAGCGGUAUGCUCGUCCUCGAGCAAUCGCUGCACCGCCUAACAGGCCGUUCGCACCGCCAAACCAUAAUCCUAGAAAACGCGCCAAAGGGGCGCCGCGCUAACAGCGCAUCCACGGUCCGCGACGACGCAGAUUCGCGACCUCCAUCUAUGAAAUCGCUGAAAUCGAAACCACAGUCCCGUAAAUCGAGCGGGAAGAGCAGCACAGAAGCGUUGGCCCUGAAGGAGGAUGACGAUGAGCUGCCGGCGGGCGCGACGUUUCUUACCAGCCCGAGCUCGACGCACUCGAUGCGGACCACCUCCGCUCCUUUGCCCUUCCACUCACAAGCUGGUCCUCAAUCCAGUACUACCCAACCCUCCGCAGCCGACCAAAUCGCAGCCGUCAGCACGAUAUUGCGGCACGAGCGCGCCGCCCGCAAGGCUCUCGAACAGACGGUCUUAACGCUGCAGCGCGAGGUCGCCGAACUACGCGCUAUGCUCCAGCAAACGCGCAUCGCGUACCCGACGCCGAGUCCAGACGGUAUUCUUGGCACGCACGAGACGGAACAUGUUCUUACGCCGCGUGCGCAUUGGAGGGAUACGAUACGAGAUGAGCGGGAACUAGGGAAAGAGAGGGUGAUGUCGCGCUUCAGUCGGAGCGAGAGCGAAGGCGGCGAGGAAGGGGAUGAUGAGGACGAGGAGAUGGGCGUGAGUACGGCGGGGAGCGAGGUGACGAGUCCGGAUGUCUGGGCGACGCCGAAGGAGGAGGGGAGUAAGGAAUUUUUUGGGCGGCCGGGGGUGGUGAGGAGGGAUACGGGGGAGAAUGAGAUGUUCUGAGAGAGACUUUUCCAAAAGAAAAAAGAGGAGCUCGGGGCACAUGGCACGUUCUGGUUGUGGGAUCGGAUAGGGAUCGAUUGUUGGCUGCGAAAAUAGGGUUGAGUUG